GUGUUUGUGAAGCGCUGACAAAACCGUGGGUCUUGACAUCAACUCCCCAUAGCCAGAUUCAAGCCUCGUAUGACCCUUCUCGAAGAAUGGAAUCGCUGACAUCCUCGGCUAUGCUGUCGGAAAUCGUAGCUACCCUCCAUGAGGACAUGACCGCAAGUGAGGUCAUGGUUGCCUUGAUAUCUGGAGCAGCUCUGAGCUACAAGUACGAUUCGGCAUUGCGACCAUUCCCGUCUAUGUUCAUUCGGGGCGGCGAGAAAGACAUAUCGGCUCUCCGGAUGGCACUCAGUCGGAUUCCCAAGCUUUCUAGAAUCUCUGAAAACACAGCUCUCGACCAUCAGGCUCUGACUCUGCUCCACUGGUGUCUGUGCUGCCAGCCCUUCAAACUUCGUACGGGAGAGAAAUUUCCGGGAGCCGAUUAUCUUGUGGAGGUCGAAGUUUCGUCUCAACAGCGAAGACUAUUUGAAGGAGCGAAAUUGAGUCAUGAUUCCCCGGUUCGGUCAGCCUUUCACGGUACAAGACUAGAAAGCGUUUUUUCAAUAUUGACCUGCGGACUCUUGGCGCACAUGAACAAGGCCGAUUUAUAUGGGAGAGGCACGUAUCUGACCACAGAACGUCACGUGGCUCAAAACUUCACGAAUUCCGCUUCGAUAUGGCCGAAUUCUUCGCUUGGAUCUCAACUGCGGUGCAUCACCAUCUGCGAAUACAUAGCUGACCAUCCAGAUGUUCGUAGCAAAGAGCGGCAAGAGAGGCAUCAGACCGCCAUCCCUGAGAAAUACCUUCUAGUCAAAAACAAUGCGGCGGUCAGGAUAAAAUCCCUGAUUCUGUAUUCGACUAAAUCCUCGAGAAAACUCCUCUCAAGCCGAAAUAUCGCACGCUGCUGGUCUCAUGUGAAAACGAAUAAGCUCUUGAUCGUUGUGCUGAUUUACAUAGUUCUCGUGACGUUUUCCAAAUUUUCGAGGAGUGGUCCUGUUCGGAAGCUAUGGUUGAUGCUGCACAAUGAUCAUAAUCAUCGAUAG